AGUUGCUGGUGUGUUGUGUCGAGUAUAACCUGUCAAACUCAAUUUCUAAACACCCGCUUAUACACAAUAAUGUGUCAAAUGUCAAACGAAGUAAAAUAAAUAGGAAAUAAAUAAUUUUGAACUUUAAAGUACUCAACGAGGCUGUCCAUUAAAAAUGUCUUUCGACUAUAAAAUCACGGACGUAGAUCUUGAUGUAAAGAAGUUGUUUGAGAAUCACACCAUCAAAGAAAUUGAAUUAAUUCUUAAACAAGUUCAACAAGAAUUAGACAGGAAAAAAAUAGAAUUACGAACGCUGGUUGGGGAAAGAUAUCGUGACCUGAUCGAAGCUGCGGAUACGAUUUCAGAGAUGCAACAGACUUCAGAAGAAAUUGUUACAAAAAUCGUGAAUGUUCAGGAAAAGUUUUCCGAUUUGCACCAACAAUAUCUUAUAGGAUUUAAUAUGGAUGCUCAGCAAAGAAGUAUCCCCAAAGAAACAAGCGACAUCUCUGAUUCUGUAGUUAUGCAAAUAAAAAUUUUAAUGGAUAUUCCAGAGCAAAUUUGGUCAGCCAUCGAUGACAAAAACUUUUUACUUGCAACGCAAUUAUUUUUAUUGGCCCAACAUAUUAACUAUAGUUUGACGUUUGAAGUUGGGGAUGAUCUCCCAAUCAAAUAUCCAAUAGUCUCAAAGCAAUGGAGCAUUAUUAAUCAGUUCAAAAAUUUAAUAAACACUUUUUGUAUCGAAUCUUUGCAAUCCAUAGAACUUUCAACGGAGACUGCUGCUAAUAGUCUUGCAGCCUUAUCACUUUUGGAUGGAUUAAAUUCGUGUGAAUUGUUGAAUAAGUUGAUAUUUUUGAGAAAGCAGACAAUCACAUCACUGAUUACUUCGGAAAGCAACUACAAUGUCAAAAAUAAAAUCAAGCUGAGCUUAAGUAUUUUAAUGAAAACCAUUCCGCUUAUAAGUCACUGUUUUACAAAGUAUGGAGAUUUUCAUAGUGGACUCGUUUCGCACUACAUAGAUGACAUAAAGCAACAAGAUGCUAUUUUUCUCCUAUGUCAGUUGGAUUUAGAUGAAGAAUUAAUGAACGAAUUCUUACCUCUGACUACAAAAAGUUACAAACCUUUUAAGGAAUACGACUUGGAAAAGAUUCCAAUAGACAGCAUUCAAGAAAGUGUAAAGACUUUCUUUGACUGGAUUAAACAAAUUACUUUGACAGAAGUUAAAAAGUUACUUAAUUUAAUAACGUCAAUCAAAGGAGUCUACAGUAUCAGAGAAGAAUGUCUGGCUGUGAGUGUUCCUGAAAAUUGGGAACAUGCAUGGGAAACGUUUUCCUUACCUAGUAGUAAUUUCUGGUUAGAGUUUUUUCAGCCGUUACUUACUGAUAGAGUUAAAGAUAUUUUGAAUGAAAAAUUAAGUUUAUGUUUCGAUAAUUUAAAAACAAACGCAUCAAAGUUAUUUGGCGAGGUAACAUCUGACUCGUGUCGCUAUGCAGAAAAUGAUUUAAGGUGGUACGUUUGGAAGGAUGAACCGACAGAUGUACCGCAAAAUUUAAUGAAAGGCGCCAAUUCGGAUGCCAAGCGACCCUUGUUAAUGAAAGCAAGAGCUUUUUCUCCCAACCUAAUAAAGUUGUGUGACAGCUUUGAAAGCGAUCUCUCCGAAUUCUUGUCCCACUUGAAGCAGUAUCUUUACGAAUUGGAACAACCGGUCAAACUAAAAAACGACUCACUUGCAGCUGAUAUCUAUUUGACGACAAAUAAAUUUUGCGAUCGCAACGAAAUUCAAGAAUAUCUGCAAAAAACUGGCACGAAAUGCAUCGAGGAUUUCAUUGUCUGUUUGAAGCACGAAUUUACAAUUGAUAACCCAAGAAUUGGAAAGCAAAAUGUUAAUGCUAUAGUGGCUGCGAGAUUCCUUCAAGCUUUGCCAACUUUGUGUACUCACUUUAAAGAAUGCUUUACCAUGUCCAGAUCGAGCAGUUUGACCUUGUCCAAUGCCAAAUGGCAAGAAAUUUGCGACAAGCUCAAGCUCGAGAGCGCGGCCAUGUGGUCCGUCUGGGCCAAGUGUUUUACGAAAAAUAUAUCUCAUCAUCGAAACGUUUGCUUAAUCAAAGAAACAGACAACGAAUUGCGUAUUCACGUAGUCAUAGCUGACUGGGAAAAAGUCAUGAUUGAGGAAGAAGCGGAAGAAGGCAAAAGAAUAAAGUCGGAAAUAUUAGUACCGCACCAACCAGCUGUUCACCUGCAAAAGUUUUUGGCGUCAAUUUGUCAAGACUUGAACAAAAUCAUUCCACAUACCAUGCCACGGGCUAUCUUGAAUGAAAUAAUAAACAACAUAGCGGCCGAGCUUUUGGAUUACUAUGACAAACUUUGCGUUAAUCCAGGAAUCCGUCAGAAGCAAGCGAUGCAAAUAUUGUUUGAUGUAAAAUACUUGAGUUUACUGAUGGUUCCUCGAGACAGCAAAUUACUCGCUGAAAAAUCAAAUCAAGUUUGUAGCAGCAUCACGUCAAAAAUUGAUCCAUUCGAUCUCGAUGUCUUUUAUCCAUUUAUAAAUGCCAACGUAAAGAAAAGCGUGCAAAGAACAUUGUUGAUAUUUGGAAGUCUAGUGCCGCACAUGGAACAGCUGCAUUCCGUGUUGGGCGCCAAAAUGAGCGAGCACAGCGAAGGAGUGAAACUCGCCGUCAAAGAUCCCCCAGGUGUGCUAGCCCUCUGCUCGGGUAGUCCUUGGUUUCCUCCUCUGGCCGUCACAGCACCAAUUAAAAAUCCGUCUGCUCCGCUUCCGGCACCGCUCUUGGAAAAAUCUCAGCAGAGAAGGAAACAAACGGGCAAGGAACAGGCGAAAAGCGACUCGACCGGCUCGACGAUCAAAUCCGGAGCCGCGGCAUUUUUCGGCGCCAUGGGCAGCGACUGGUUCGGAUCGAGCUAGUCCCGCGCUUCUCACUGGAAUCUGCAACUUUGUACAUAAAUGUAUCUUGUACAUAUGGAUAUUUUCUUAUCG